GUAAGCGGAAACAACAACUAUCUCAAGAAAUCUGAAAUUCGAAAGCAAAGGCUUAUUGAGAAUAUAAAAAACUCAAGGCAUCUAGCAAACUCGGAUGAGAUCUGAUUUUUGAGUGGCACUGAGUUAACAUUCAUCGUUGUUACACCUAUCAAAACCUUCGAUGGAUUUGACACCUCAACAGCUUAGCCAAUUCAAUGGCACCGACCCAUCAAAGUUCAUCUACCUUGCAAUCAAAGGCGCUAUCUAGGAUGUCACCGGCAAAUCCUUCAGCAAUCCUAGCCACGCCUACGCCUUGGUCGUAGGCAAAGGCGCCAGUAGAGCACUUGCAAAAAUGAGCAAGAACAUAGAAUAUGUUUGCCCCAAUCUCGAUGGCCUCUCUGGUAAGGAGAUCGUUGUCCUUAAUGAUUGGGUCAAGAAAUUUGAACCUAAGUAUCCCGUUGUUGGUCGUUUUGUUGUCUCUUGAAUUUGCAGCCACUCAUUUCAAAUCAC